AACGGCCCAAUCAGCACCUAAAAGUUCUAUUUUCAGAGAUGUUUGAAGACACAUGCGCCAACGUGUCCUCACUGCAUGUGCUGUUUUUUUGGGGGUUUUUGUUCGAGCACAUCGUCUCCUAAGAAGAGCUUUGGGAUUUCAGUUCAGAUCCUUUUUAUAUAAGCCACCGCCACUGUUGGCUCCCUUGUUCCUAUAGAUGCACCGCACUUGACAGUUCCAUGGGUUGGGCAGAUGAAGCUAUAUGGAAACACGUGACCCAGCUUGAAGGAGCGGCGCUUCAUAAGUGUGAAGAGACAGAGGAGGACUGGAGAGACGCUGGAGCAGCAGCAGCAGCAGCAGCAGGAGCAGCAGCAGGAGCAGGAGGAGCAGGAGCAGGAGAAGGAGAGCGUAUCCAGAACGCAGGAGCGCACUCCAGGAGCGACACUUUACCAGACCCUAUCAAAACUUAGAGCCGCGUUUAUAACUUUAAAAAGAGCCUAACAAUAAUGAAAAUAUUGAGGAUUUUAUCCUAAAGCCCUGCACCCUGGUUCUCCUUCUUUUAUGUAAGAUCUGUGUUGGUUGGAUGAUGCACUUCUGACUUGGAUUAACGCGCGGCGAUAAAGGACGAUUCUGCGCACUUGGAAAAUUAUGUAAGGUUGACCAGACGUCUUAGACUGCAGUAUUACCCUCAGACACAGCCAUGAAGUCUGUGCUGGAUGGUGUGGCCGACACCACCUUCCGGACUAUCACAUCUGGUUUACAGUAUCUUGGCUCCAACGACGCUAACUAUGACGACCCCAUCAAUAAUGUAAACUUUAAGGGCAGUGUCUCCCUGCAGAAGCCCUUAUCUGCUUUCCGCAGCAACUCUUUCCCAGAUAAAGUACCUGCAGAUGAGGAACUAAUUUUCAAAGGUAUUCCCUUCUACCCCACCAAUGCUACAGACCUUUUCAACAAUAGGAGCACAAUCAGAGAUGAGGCCAACAAUAUUCAGUGUGGGGAGAACUUUAUGGACAUGGAGUGCUUCAUGAUUCUGACUCCCAGCCAGCAGCUGGCUGUGGCUGUCAUGUCUCUGACUUUGGGGACCUUCACAGUCCUGGAGAACUUGGUGGUGCUCUGCGUCAUCCUGCAGUCCCGCACCCUGCGCUGCCGGCCUUCGUAUCACUUCAUCGGCAGCCUGGCUGUGGCUGACCUGCUGGGCAGUGUCAUCUUCGUCUACAGCUUUCUGGACUUUCAUGUUUUCCACAGGAAGGACAGCCCCAAUGUUUUCCUCUUCAAGCUGGGUGGAGUCACAGCAUCUUUCACAGCGUCUGUGGGGAGUCUUUUCCUCACUGCUAUUGAUCGCUACAUCUCCAUACACCGGCCUCUCGCCUACAGACGUAUCGUGACACGGACCAAGGCUGUCAUUGCCUUUUGUAUGAUGUGGACCAUCUCCAUCAUCAUCGCAGUGCUACCUCUGCUGGGCUGGAACUGUAAACGUCUCAAUUCUGUUUGCUCAGACAUAUUCCCUCUGAUUGAUGAGACCUACCUGAUGUUCUGGAUCGGGGUGACCAGUGUACUGGUUCUUUUCAUUAUCUACGCCUACAUUUACAUCCUGUGGAAAGCCCAUCAUCAUGCUGUGCGCAUGCUGAGCCGUGCUUCUCAGAAGAGCCUUGUUGUAUACUCAGCAGAUGGGACUAAAGUGCAAACAACACGCCCAGAGCAGGCACGCAUGGAUAUCCGCCUGGCCAAGACCCUAGUGCUUAUCCUGGUAGUGCUGGUCAUCUGCUGGGGCCCGUUGCUUGCUAUAAUGGUGUAUGACCUCUUCUGGCGAAUGGAUGAUGACAUCAAGACAGUAUUUGCAUUCUGCAGCAUGCUCUGCCUCCUCAAUUCUACAGUCAACCCAAUCAUCUACGCCUUGAGGAGUAAGGACCUGCGGCACGCCUUCCUCAGCUCCUGCCACGCCUGCAGGGGCAGUGCCCAGCAGUUGGACAAUAGCCUGGAGUCCGAUUGCCAGAACAGAAAUGCCAACAUUUCUGCCAACAGGGCUGCAGAGAGCUGCGUGAAGACCACUGUGAAAAUAGCCAAAGUAACAAUGUCUGUAUCCACUGAAACGUCUGCAGAAGCUGUCUAAUUGGCUGUCAGAGGGGAAACUGUAUAAAUGUCAUCUUCCCUAAACAAAUCUAACACAACAUUGCAGAAAAAAAAAUCAGACCGUUCUGACUAACAUCCUCUCAUAGAUGCUUUAGUGGUUGCAUUAUUUUAUGUUAAAGUAUGAUUGUGCCAAAGUGCCAAAUGGUAUUGAACGGAUGUAGAAAGGACUCACAAUUUCAAAGAAAUAUCAGACUAUCAUAAGUCUGCUGUUUACCAUAGACUUCAUGAUAUUCGAUUAGCGAAGGCAUAUUAUAUUUUUGUACUGUGAAUUCAGGUUUUGAAACAAUAUCUCUUCAUUUAUGGGAUAAGGGGCUACUGACAUUUUUAAUUCAAGAAGUUUGACUGUGUCAUGUAGACUUUAACAUGUGUCUUGCACCAUAAAAAUAACAAAUCGCCUUGACUUUCUACAGGCUUCAUGUACAUGUUGCAUAGAGACAUUUCUACACGCAAAAGUUGAAAUGACUCUGAUUGUUCCUUUCUAAUAUUGCCAUUAAACAUGUCUUUUGUACUUCUGACAUGAUACUUCUUCUGACAACACUCAGUGAGUGGCAAAUAUGUAAAAAGAUUUUAAAAAAUAAAUAAAUAAAAAAGACAAUGGAGUCAUGCUAAAAUUAAAAUAGAAAACAAAAAGCAAUUUACAGCCAUCACAAAUGAACUCAAAUAAGAUGGAGGUAAAUGGAUUCACAGCUUGAGUUUGUGACUAAUCCACCUAAUAUUUGAAAUGGCAUUUUCUGUGGCAGAGUGACAGUUGUCCCUGAUGUCCAUUUCUUUACUCGCUAGCCGUUAAACCUUUAGAGUAAUGUGUCUUUGUUCCAGUGUAUACCUAACAACUGUACAGUGUUUUCUCGCAAAAAUAGUGUUUGAAUUGACUCAUUCAGCUACAGCCGAACACAUCGAGCUUCUGGCCAAAGCUUGAACAUGCUCAUCAAAACUGGAUUAGGAUACAGUGUGCUGGUCACCACUGUAACCGAUGUGGGUUUGACUAUAGCUGCUUUCAUCAAAUGUAGGAUUUUACUCGAUUCAGCUCUGUAUGUAUGUGUGGUAUCUUGUGACUUGGUGAUAUAUUUCCAACCCCCGGCCUUUUCUCAUUGCAGUGAGUGUUUUAGUGCUACUGUUGCAACGGGGCAUCAUUUUGGAAAAUAAAAGCAACCCAUGCACAGGCCUAGUGAAGUACUUUUGGCGUAACUCUAAAUACAAAUAUGUCUGCUGUUUACUCAUCUAAACAAACAAACAGGGGGCUUUUUAUUAGCUGGUAACUUGAAUGGAAGUGUGUAUGCAUUAUGUAGAGAAUCGACAACUGACCUAACAAAAGAAUCUGGGAAUAUGUGAUUUUCUAAUAGAUGAUGUAGUACUUUUAAUCUAGAAAUCUCACAGCACAAUUGUUCUGUAGACAUUUAUCUUGGUGUAAAGUUAUCCAGACAGCUGUUUAUCAGUAUGCUUUGCUGCCUCUUGUAUUAGUGAGUAUUGAAGAUCAAAAUGUCAACUGUCAAGUGGCUUCUGUACAGUGGUGGCAUAAUGAGGAAUCUAUGACUUAAAAAUCACAGUCAGUCAAGUGUUUUUAGUAUUGCUGUUUUCAAACUUUUGAAUAAAGUCGCAGCUGGUUGUCA